CUUAAAUUGACCUUGCCAGGGUUAAAGGAGUCACGAUUUUAGCGAAUUUUGACAUUUCCAUUCUGUGCCGGUUAAGUGGAAGGUUGUUGCAAUUUGUUGGUGUUGUAGAUUGGAAAAUUUAAACCUUGCAAUAUGCCUAUAAAAAGUAUCUAUGCCCGUAACAUCUUUGAUUCACGUGGUAAUCCCACCGUUGAAGUCGACCUGAUCACCGAUUUGGGGCUUUUCAGGGCUGCUGUGCCCUCUGGAGCCAGUACUGGAGUCCACGAGGCCCUCGAACUGCGCGACGAAGACAAAAGCCAAUACCAUGGCAAAUCGGUCUUCAAAGCCAUCGACAACAUCAACAAAAUCAUCGCGCCCGAGCUGCUCAAGUCCGGGCUCGAGGUCACGCAGCAGACCGAGAUCGAUUGCUUCAUGAACAAGCUCGACGGCACCGAGAACAAGUCGAAGCUGGGCGCCAACGCCAUCUUGGGCGUUUCGCUCGCGGUGUGCAAGGCCGGAGCCGCAAAGAGAGGCAUCCCGUUGUACAAGCACAUCGCCGAUCUGGCCGGCAACAAGGAGAUCGUGUUGCCCGUGCCCGCUUUCAACGUCAUCAACGGCGGCUCGCACGCCGGCAACAAGUUGGCCAUGCAGGAGUUCAUGAUCUUGCCAACUGGCGCCACCAGCUUCACCGAGGCGAUGCGCAUGGGCAGCGAGACCUACCACCACCUCAAGAAAGUCAUCAAGGACAAGUUCGGCUUGGACGCCACCGCCGUCGGCGACGAAGGCGGCUUCGCGCCGAACAUUUUGGAGAACAAGGAGGGCCUGAACCUCAUCACCGAGGCCAUCGAGAAGGCCGGGUACACCGGCAAAAUCGAAAUCGGCAUGGACAUUGCCGCAUCCGAGUUCUACAAGGACGGUAAAUACGAUUUGGACUUCAAGAACCCCAAAUCCGACCCCAAAACCUACUUGGACAGCGGCAAACUGGGCGAAAUGUACCAGGACUUCAUCCAGAGCUUCCCCGUGGUAACCAUCGAAGACCCCUUCGAUCAGGACGACUGGGAAGCGUGGUCCACCCUCACGGGCAACACGCAGAUCCAGAUCGUCGGCGACGAUCUCACCGUGACCAACCCGAAGCGCAUCCAGACCGCCAUCGAGAAGAAGGCGUGCAACUGCCUUCUGCUCAAGGUGAACCAGAUCGGCUCGGUGACCGAGUCCAUCAACGCGCACAACCUGGCCAAGGCCAACGGCUGGGGCACCAUGGUCUCGCACAGGUCCGGGGAGACGGAGGACACCUUCAUUGCCGACCUGGUGGUGGGGCUGUCCACCGGGCAGAUCAAGACCGGCGCCCCCUGCCGCUCGGAGCGCCUCGCCAAGUACAACCAGAUCCUGCGCAUCGAAGAGGAGCUGGGGGCCAACGCCAAAUUUGCCGGCAAAUCAUUCCGCAAACCUUUGUAAACUAGUCCCUGAAUGUGCACUAACCUGCCACCAAUUAAAUCGUAUGUUGAAUAAAAAGAGCGUAGCAUGUGCACUAGACGUACUUUUAUUUAUUUUUUUUUGGUUCAAUAAAUGUUAUUACAAGUUUUUGAUUUUUAUUUUUUGAACUUUUAUUUUUUUUGUUCAAUAAAUGUUGUCUACAAG